AUGAGGCAAAACGUUUUUGACACGAAGGCAAGCAAAGUCAAGCGGAAGAGGAACAUCCUACGAGUAAAAAGCGGCAAGAAGCAUAUCCCCACGAAAAGGGAACCAAGCGAAAGGUACAAGGACAUUCUGAAUUAUUACAAAAAUGAAAGAAAAACGAACAAAUUUAUUGAUAAGAGAAAAAAUAAGGAGGGACAUAAAAACAGCGCAAGGUUUAAGAAAGGAAAUAUUUUUAACCUGAACAAUGAUUCCUUUUUAAAAGAUAAGCAUAUUAGUACCAAUGAUGUAUACGGGGAGGGUGAUUAUUCGGAUGAUAGCUCCUUGGACAGCGGGGAGAAUUGGUCAGGGGGGGGUUCCCGCAAAGGCAAGAGGAAGAGUGAUGCGAUGGUGAAUAAUUUUGUUCAGGAAAAAAUCGAGAAGAAAAAAUUAUGGAAAAUUAAAAAGUACGAAAUUAAGGAAAAGUUACGCGAAAUUGAUAAACAUUUUGAAGUCAUUAAAAACAGCGUCCUUUCUUUGCCUGGAACGACUGGGGGUGUGAAACAAAAUGUGGACCUCGAAAGGGGGGUGGCCCAGGCGUUCACAAAGGCGCGAAGCCAUAACGGAGAAAUUAAGAAGCUAGGAUUGGGGGUGGCCAGAAAAGAGGAACAAAAACGAGACCCAUUGGUGAACGCAAAUGAGCGAGGGAAGAAACGAACCGAGAGUGACGAAAAGGGGGCAAACAGAAAGAGGAAGGUGCAAAUGGAGAUGGACGGGGCCGAGGAGGAAGACAACGACGAGGAAGAUGAAGAGGAAGAUGCAGAGGAAGUUGACGAUGAAGAAGUUGACGAGGAAGAAUUAAACGAAGAAGAGAAAGUGGACGAGGAGGAAAAUGCUGGGGAUGAUGAGGACGAAGUUGACGGAUGGGAAGUGGAAGACGAAUCGGAGUUGGAGGACGGACUGGUUAUAGAAUCCGGGUGGGAAGCAAAGGAUGAAUCGGAGGAAGAUAGCCAGAAUGAGCAACACGGAGAUGGAAAUGCCUCCGAAGGCUCAACAGAACAAGGAGCAAAUGAAUCCAUUCAGAGGGAGGAGGAUACCUCGAAGUCGCAGUUGCUUGGUCAUAAAACGAAUGAAAGUGGCGAAGAAUUGAAAGAAUCAAAAUUUUCCAUUUACAAAAAAAAGAAAAAAACGGAAGAGUCCGAUAAUCAGAAGGAAUAUUCAGUUUGGUGUCUGUCAGACGACAGCGACAAUGAAACGAUUGACCAACUGUUUCGUGAAAAAAAAAAACUUCCUUUUAUAGACGAAACGGUAGUGAGCAUAUCAAAAGAGAAAAUGAGCAGAAUGCUGGAGAAGUUUCUACUGAAUGGUAACAAAGAAUUGUGUAGCUAUUUUUCCAACGAAUCAGGUGAUGAAAAAGGAGAAAACUUACCAGCUUAUAUUUCUAUAGAAAAAAAACAAUACCAGUUGGAGCAUGUAAUCGCACUUUUGGAUAGUCAUAAUUUUAGUGCCCAGAAAAAAAUGCUAUACAGAGUAUACCAUUUAAAUAUGUUUAAUAAAAAAAAGGAGAAGAGCAUUCCCCAUUCUUCUUUCUUUUUCUCCCUAAUGGAUUAUUGUAUCUUAAAAAUUUACCGAUGUUUUAAAUAUGGUUUAAGUGUACAAAAUUUUAUAGAGAAUUACAAGGACAUAAUUGUGGACUUUUGCCAUCCCAUGAAAACAGAGUUGUAUCUCUACAUGUCUUUUCUCCUUUUGAUAAUUUUCUGCAAAAUCCAAGGAAAGGGGAAGGCCAAUUUAUUUUACAGGAAAAAAAGAGACACCCUAGCUGAGUACGUAGAGUCCAAUAAAGGCGCCCACGGGAAGGCAUAUGAUGUGCACAUAUAUUCCAGAAUUUUGAAAAGUGCCGAUUUGUUUAGUGAUAUUUUAGAAGAGUACCAACCCCACCUAAGUGGGGAUCGUGCAGCAGAUGAGGGAAUCAUAUCAUACGUCCACUUUGCAGUUAUCCUUUUAGCGCUGAUUAUAUACCCAAUUGAGGGCAUCGAAAGUAAUCGGCAAAGUCAGACAGGAAAAGGGAAUGAGAGGUCCCGUUUCGAGAAGGACGGAGCUGACACUUUAGGAGAAAACAUCUCCAUUGAGCACCUCCUAACAGACAUUAACAAAAAUAGGGUAGAGGACGAAAAAUUGUUUCAUAAGUUUGCUCAUUUGAAAGGGGAGAAUCUUUUAAGCGAAAAGGAAGAAAGAAUUCCUCUAAUGGGUUACUUAAUCGAAUUGGUAGAGUAUAUAUUUUAUAAGUACUUCCAUUCGAUCAAUGCUAAUUUGUCUCUUGGUGAAGAUGAGGGGGGUUAUCAGGAUAUGUGUAGCAGGGACACGUAUACCAGUGCGAGUAGCAUGGAGGAGUGCAUACAGAACAUCGAGCGGGCAUUCUCUUUUAAGCGUUUUGAAAUGGUCGACGUGGUCAAAUCAAACAAGAAAAACCAGACAGACGCACAGAGCAACACCAGAGCCGAUGUGAAGAGCGACCUCGGAAUUUUUUCCAAAAAGAAACAACUAAAAAAAGCCAUCAUUUUGUUGAAUAUUUAUAAUAUAUUUUUGGAUAAUAGUAAAAAAUAUAGCCAGAGUUUCUUUUAUCUCUCUUUCAAAAUUUUAAACACCCUUUUGUACGGCAUUAUUCAUAACAGGAGGGGGAAGUUACAGAUGGAAAGAGACAGCAAAGGUGAAAGGAAUUACAGCGAUGAGAAAAUCCUCGUGCAGGAGAAGGAUCACUAUUACGAACUCUCUUUUAACACGUUCAAAAAUGUAAUCCUUUUUUUGAAGGCCUAUCUGGACAAACAAUUUAACGCCUACAUAUUGAUCAAUCACAUAGUGCGUCCAUGCCUCCUGUUUUUAUUUGUCAACUUUCUAAGUUAUAUAAAGAAAGUGGAUGGGGAAGUGAACCUUACGAAAAUUGUAGAAGAUUUUGGAAGCGUCCAAGUGAGGGAUGAUUACUUGGUUGCCGCUGAUAGUCCCUUCGUGAAGUAUCAAGGAAAGGAGGAAAAGUACUUUCUCUUUUUAUUGUACACAUAUAAGUUAAUGGACCAUUCCAGUACGUAUGAGAUCACACCUAUAGUUUCUCACAAUUUGCAACAUAGUGGCAUUCAGAUGUUUACCCCGAAAUAUGCCAACAGCAGAAACCCUAAGGACUUCCUCAUCAUGCAGAGCGGGCAGGCCAAGUUUGCGGAGAUGAAGGCCCAGCGUAAGAAGAUGAAGCAGCAGAAGAAGCUGGACUACAACGAGCUGAAGAAGGAAAACAACUACCUUUUGGCCCUUAAAGCCAAGGAGGAGCAAGAGAGGGUGCGCCGAAAUAGGGAAAAAUACAAGAAAGUAAAACUCAUGGCAAAGAAGGACGUCGAGGAGUACAAUAAGAUGAAGACUUACACCCACUGA